GUGAUCCUUGGCACGCCACCAUCACCGCCCUCCUGCAGUAACUCCGAGAUGAUGGGCUGUGGGGAGUCAGAGCUGGAAUCGGUGGAAGGGGAAGAGGGCGUGGCGGCGCCGGGUUCACCCCCAGAACCCCGAGCCGCGGAACCUCGAGCCCCAUUGCCCGAGCCCGGCCUGGACCUGAGCCUGAGUCCGCGGCCCGACAGCCCCGAGCUGCGGAAUGGCAGCCCCGGCCGGCGGAAGGGGAGGGCGGAGCGGCGGGGCGGGACUCGCAAGGGGCGGCAGGUCCGUUUCCGCCUGGCGCCGCCCUCCCCCGUCCGGUCCGAGCCGCUGCCGGCGGCCGCUGCACCGAGCAACAAGUCCGCGGCCCCGCACGAGCUAGAAGCGCCCGCGCUGCACAGCAGCCUGGCCUUGAGCCUCCAGCUGCAGGCGGCGCGGGCCGCAGCCGAGGCCGAGGGUCCGUUUGAUGCCGCCAAGGCCGUGGAAGAACAGCUGAGGAAAUCUUUCCAGAUCCGUAGUAUCCUGGAGGAAAGCAUGACCGUGGGGCUGAACGUGCCGCGCUCCAAGCGGCUCUUCCAGGACCUGGUGAGCCUGCAGGUGCCAGAGAAACAGGUUCUGAACGCUGCGCUGAGGGAGAGGUUGGCGCUUCUGCCACUGCAGGCCCGAGCCCCGCCCCCAAAGGAUCCACCUGGGCCAGGGCCAGACAUGACCAUCCUGUGUGACCCAGAAACACUAUUUUAUGAAUCUCCACACUUGAUCCUGGACGGUCUGCUCCCUCUUCGGCUUAAACUCCGGACCCGCCCUUCAGAGGAUAGCUUCCUCAUGCAUCGGACACUCAGGCGAUGGGAGGCUUAGACUUCAAAGCCCCCCGGAUUGUUAGUUUUUACUUUUGUGCUUUAAAACUAUUUUUCAGAAUAAAGUGGUUUUGCUAACAAA